UCUGCAUUUCGCUGGUCGGGAAAGAAAGCUGUCGGCUGCUCGCGUGGACCUGACGCUACUUUGUCUUUUGCUAAUUGAUGUGUUUUUCUUUUGCCGGCUGGUUAGUGCUGGUAACUUUAAAGCGUGGUUCAGUUAAGUGGUGAUUUUUGGAUAAAAAGCUUGUAAAGAAGUGGUUGGGUUCCUGCGUGUACUUAAAUUUACAUAUGUAGAUUUAUGCGAACAAGCGUAGGUCCCGGCCCAUUUUCUGGUGCGCGCCGCUUAGGUCAUUCGCAUUCGAGUGCAUCUCAACGAGGCAAAGUCAAGUUCGUUAAAGGAUUUCAUGCCUGGGUGAAUGUAUCGUCACACGGCAGGGAUUAGUUCUCCUUAAGCCUGUGCCAACGGCACUGGCUCAGGUUGAUAGAGAGAAGAUUUAUCAGUGGAUCAAUGAGCUUUCCAGUCCUGAGACUCGUGAAAAUGCACUGCUGGAGCUGAGUAAAAAGCGAGAAUCUGUUCCUGAUCUUGCCCCAAUGCUAUGGCACUCAUUUGGCACAAUUGCAGCUCUAUUACAGGAAAUUGUAAAUAUCUACCCAUCUAUAAAUCCGCCAACUUUGACAGCUCAUCAGUCCAACAGAGUCUGCAAUGCUCUGGCACUUCUGCAAUGUGUUGCAUCACAUCCAGAAACCAGGUCAGCCUUCCUUGCUGCUCACAUCCCUCUCUUCUUGUAUCCUUUCUUGCACACUGUCAGCAAGACCCGUCCUUUUGAGUAUCUACGACUCACCAGCCUAGGAGUAAUUGGGGCCCUGGUAAAGACAGAUGAGCAAGAAGUAAUCAACUUCUUACUGACGACGGAAAUUAUCCCUUUGUGCUUACGCAUCAUGGAGUCUGGCAGCGAACUUUCCAAAACGGUUGCUACUUUUAUUCUACAGAAGAUCCUAUUGGAUGAUACGGGGCUGGCUUAUAUCUGUCAGACUUAUGAGCGAUUUUCUCAUGUUGCAAUGAUAUUGGGUAAAAUGGUCCUGCAACUUUCCAAGGAGCCUUCUGCCAGACUAUUGAAGCAUGUGGUCCGUUGUUACCUUCGCCUUUCUGAUAAUCCAAGAUGUAGGGCACGGGAAGCCCUCAGGCAGUGCCUUCCUGACCAGCUGAAAGACACCACCUUUGCCCAGGUUCUGAAAGAUGACACCACCACCAAGCGCUGGCUGGCACAGCUGGUCAAGAAUCUGCAAGAAGGCCAAGUCACCGACCCCAGGGGCAUCCCCCUUCCUCCGCAGUGACAGCCAAGGAGGUGGCAGAACCCAGGAGGAAACAGCUCAGGUUUACAGAGAGCCAGGAACCAAUGACCUCUUCCAGAUCCUGUCAGGCAUGUGUGGGCAGCUCCUUGGACUGCAGGCCCAUUCUAUAGCAACUUCUCACCAUGCCUCUGAGGAUUAUGACACCAGCAAACACAGUUGGGACAGAGAAGCCCACUUAGAGUGUGGGCUUUGUUGCAAUGAUCAGUCGAGCACCAAGCUGGGCAGUGCUGCUGCCAAUAGCAUCUCUCCCUAUCUGGUUCAGUGUUUCAGGCUUGGGAAGUGUUCCUCAGUUUCCUUGUUAAUCAGUGUUUACAUGUAAGUUCAAUAAAGGUUGGUCUGGUCAUUUGACCCUCUUAGGAGUACCGGUUGAGCUGCACCUGGCCCUAAGCAGAGGAGGCCUAUUUCCCUCUUUCUGACUGGGGACCAUGCUUCUGAAAGAGGAGUCCCUGAACCUUUCUCUUUAAUAAGUUCAGCCAUUGUGGCUGGAGCCCUUUAGAGUUUAAGCUCUCUGAGGAAUUUGGAGGGGAAUGGUAACCUAGUAUAUCCUCACCUUCUUAAAGGCUUGUUCCUGGUUUGUCAGAAGCAGUGACUUCCUGGACUUCCUUUGGCCAUGCAUUAGAACAGUCCCUGCCUUUGUGACUAUAUUUGAACCAGUGUCAAAUGUCCCAUGGAUUCACCUCACUUACUUCCUUGUCAGUAAGAUCCAAAAUGCCACCAAAACAUUCCUCUACCAUUCAAACUGUGCCAGGGAGGAAGGGUUGUUUUGUGGGUGCCAUGGCUUAGAAUGAGCAAGCCAUGUGGCCUUUCACUUGGUUGCAGCCAGUGCCUCUGGUUAGUAUAGGGUUAACCCCAGGGGUGAGCAAAUGGCAUAGGGACCAAGAGCUAUUUCGGAGAGUUAGUAAAGGCUGCAGGUAUUUCAGUCUUGUUGGCUGGUGCUGGUAAGCGCAGUGACCUCAAAGCGCAAGGGCUGUUGUGCUGGUUGCCCUGCUGCCAGGCUAAUUGCAUCCAGUUCAUCCACUGGAACCUGCCCCUGGUUGUUGGUGUCCACCUUGGCCAAAGAGGCAUUGAGCAGUCUGCAGUGGCAGCCUCGCCCCUGCCUUCUGAAUGAAUGAAGCCAACGAAAAGAAGGGUCAGGAGUGGUGGGGGAAUAAUGCAGGCUGUUUGUCAGUUGCACAACAAGACUGGGAGCAGGUGGCUUCUGGUCCCUUGGCCUCAGCACCUGCUGCUGCUUUGGGUAGGAACAUUAUUUCUUUGUUGAUGGCUGGCCAGGCCACGCCAAGAGUGUCUUAACUCUUUCCUCUCUACAUGGACUGCUUUCGCUCUUACAGCGGCUCCCAGUUUUAUAACAGCCUUGUUUUUCCAUCCCUGCCUUGAGUGGACAACUGCUUCUGUUUUGUAACUUGAAUAAAAAAUAAGCCAAAUGAA